AAGCAAGCUAUAUGAGGCUCCUUUUUGGGAGUGGGGUCGGUCUCUGGCGGCCGGAUGUGCGGCGCCGGCGCCCCGUGGGGGGCGGCGUGGGCGCUGGUGGCCCUGCUGCUGGCCCUGGCCCUCGGGGACCUCGCCGCCAAGGUCGCCGGACUCGUCGCGGCCAGCGCCGGCCACUGGCGGGAUGACUUCGGUGGGCAGCUGGACGACGCCAGUCUCUGGCACGCGGGCGCGCCGGAGGAGCCUCCAGCGGCUGGCGCGGCGGAGCCACAUGGCCCUCGGCGGAGCUGCCAGGCGGCGCCGCGGCGGGCGGCUACCUCCGGGUGUCGGGCCACGGCGUGCGGCUCCGGCGCGUGCUCUACCCGCCGCUGCGGAUCCGCGCGGGGCUGGGCGGCGCGGGCGGGGGCGGGGAGGGCCUCGAGCACGUGGUCAGCCUCACCCCGCUCCAGGCGGGCAGUUGUCUCUGGCACCCGGCUGGCGUUGCGACGAGGACCCGUACAUGGAGCUCCCGCCCGCGGAGGCGGCCGCCCGGCUGGCCAGCUGGCCCGGGGGCCCAGCCUGCUUCUGGAACUGCUCGGGGGGCCCGCCAGCCCGCACCAUCGAGGUGGCCGUGGACGGGGAGGGCGUCGUGUCUCUCGCGGACGACGCUGGCUGCGGGAAGAGCGCGGUCACGAGGGUGGGGAUGCCCCUGCGCGUGGCCGUGGGCUGCCGCGUCGCCGGGCGUCCCGGCCCCGGCGCGGAGUUCCCCCACGCAGGGAGCGGCCGCCAACACCGCCCCUGCCCCCCAGAGCGACCGGCCCUCUUCGAUUGGUUCGAGGUGCGCGCGCGGCGCAGCGAGCUGGACCCGGGGCUGCAGCCUCGCCUGCUGGAGGGGGGCUCCGUCCUGCCGAUGCUGAGGUGGGCCGGCGAGGGGCUCCUCUCGCGACUGCGGUAGCGCUGGCCUGCUCAGGCCGGCCAGCGCGAGGGGCCCCUCCGCGCUGUCCUCGGUCCUCCUCUCCUCCCCGACGUGCAGCGCAGGGCCUCUUCUCCAUCUUCGUCUUCUUCUUCUCGCCCCCCCCCUCGAGCGCGACUUGUGGUGUCGGGCAGCGGCUUUGCUUGCCAGCGGGGUGGUCGGGUGUGAGCGUGCCCGCGGCUUGUCGGCUUGUCGGGACGAAAGUGUUUACCUCUGUCGAUAAAGGUAUCCGCUGUGGAGGUUCUGGCCAGGGUCACGCUGCAC